UGGCGGGCUGUUUUCAAGAUGGCUGCCGACUUGUAAACAGCUGAAACAGUGUGUGACUUGGGUUUAAUAUGCCGGUAGACACCUCGAUAGACGAUCCUAAUUCUCCAGCAGCCCUACUAUACAAGUUGUGCUGCCGUCUCCUUGGAAAAGGAACUGAUUUAAAGGGUAUGAGCAUACGAAAUUGUCUUGAAAAUAUGAACCAAAGGCUACCCUUCGAAUUAUGAAACUAUAAAGCCUACUUAUUUUCUCUUUUUCUGUUUUAGCAGACAAAUCUCCAGAAAUAUCCGAGCAUUUUCAGUAUGCUCUCAGACUUGUUGGAAGGUAUGUAAUAACUUUGGCCAUGGCUUUUUUUCGCUAAGUAAUUUUGUGACUUUUAGUAUUUCAUGUAAACAGCUGACAUGAUCGAUGGUGUUCGAAAACAAUAUCAGUCGGCAAUCAAUUUUUGCAUUUUUACGCCACAUGAGCCAGAGCACGAAUUAUUAAUUUUCACUGAAUCUUUCUACAGAUUUUCAAUUGAAUCAUUAACUGACUUAAAUAGACUUUUAGAAUUUGGGAGUUAAAGGAGCUGUGUAACGAAUUAAUUUUAUUAUCAAAAUUGCAACCGUAACCCGGGGGGGGGGGCACUUGGGUAUUUUUUGGGUGGGUAUGUGACGCCCGGAACUCCAAAUUGGCACCCCGUUCUAGAAAUGGGCCAUUUUUCUAUACUCCGUUCUAGAAAGUUUGUAAAUUGAGAUAGCCCUGUUUUUUUAAAAAGAUAUUUCGUCAUUUGUUCGACUUAUACAUCAAAUAAAGGCUUCUUCAUAAUCAUCUGGAGUACUGGAGCUUUCGUGCGUUCGAAAUAUUAUACCCUGUUCUAGAAAACGCCUCUGAAAUGGUUACCCCGUUCUAAAUUAGGAGCUUCAAAAUCACGACCCCGUUGAGCGGCACAUACCUGUAUAGGUAAUGUAUGGGAGUGCUCCCCCCGGGAGCCAUAGGAACUGCCAUUAAAUUGAGUGAAACAUAUCAUGCUUAAACAUAAUCGCGCAGAAAAUUAAAAGAAGGUGUUAAUAAUGCAACAAAUGCAAAAAAAAAGGCACGGAUGAACAAACUUGAAGAGGAUUAAAACUACCCAGGUUGAAAAUUUCAACCCAGUUUAAAAAUUUUAAGCUAGUUUUGAAAUUUUAAGCUAGUUCGAAAAAUUUAAACUGGUUGAAAAACAAUGAAACCAAAAACAAUUUGGACCAUAACAUACUCAAUCAAACGUGCAAUUACCGAACUCCUGUUUGUUUGAUUUUUAUGUUCAAAUAUUAACACCGAUGAAAAACGAAGUAAUGAAAAAAAAGCCCAAAUAUUACCCUAUUAUCAAACAAGUGUAUAUUUUGAGGAAAUUUUGUACGGUGAACCAUCCCCCUUAUCCCCCUGAAUCCUUUGUUAGCGAUUUCAUAGGAUGAUUGUCACAUCUGCAUAAUACCCCAUAAUGGUCACGUGGUCAGACAAAAUUUCUACUGAAGGUCGAAUUACAGCUAGUUUUCAGUGAACCUGAAAUGGAAUGUCGAGAGUGUCAAGAACCCGAAGUUACACCCAGGAGACAUCAGUUACAUCAGUCGAGUCUAAGCUCGGCAGGCUUUCACUCGCUUCGCUUGAUUUCCUCGCUCGUGCUUUCCUCGCUCGCAUGACCAUCCUGAGGGACUGUUCGCAGUCUAUCCAGGAGACCUUGGAGGAGACUGUGCAUAUCAAAAUUAUAAUUAUGUGCUGUAAGGGGGUAUCGUUUGACGUUUUAGAGUUGAUUUGGUAGAGAGUAUUUUUAAGAAGAUCGGUUCCAAGGGAAGAGCGUUUAAAAUGACUAAUACUAGAAGCCAGUUAGGACAUCUUGAGCAUGCAAACAAGAAAUGGAUUCCAAACAAGACUGAAUCAGAUUGAGUUUGAUUGCAUUUGAUUUUGUUCGAUGGUUCAAUAAUCGAACUCAGUGCAGCAAAAUAGAUGUUCAAUUAGUGAACCCAGUUGAAUGAUUGGUGUUCAAUUGGGUGCGAUUGAAUUUUGGUUCGAUUUCGUCUGAUUAGAUAUGCCGGGAAUGUUUGAUACAAUGCUUGCGAAGUAUUUUGUUGGACAAGAAGCUGUGAUUUUGUCGUUUUCAAGUAAUUUCUUUAAGUUCCAUAGGGCAUAAGAAAGCAUAAUUGUCAAUGUUAACAGAAUGAACUAAACAGCCACCGUGACACAGCCUCCGGGAGGGGGGAAGAAGGGUUACGGGACUCCCAUAUAAAAAUGAAGGGGAUACGCGUCGGAAAAUUCAAAUUAAACCCCUAAGGGAGACCAAUGUGGGUUUGGCUCAAGCUUAAACUGACCCCUAAGGGAGGUUUCUGUGUGGUCAUUGUCAGGGCAUUUUUGUAGUGACUUUCCAUCCCAAACACCUUGAGAGAGACCAAAAUCUGCAAUUUACACCCCAAAGUGAGACAAUGAGCAUCCCCGUCACUUUUAUAUGGGAGUCUUCACACCCCAGGACACAGCCCUUUUAAGGGUUAAUACUUAAUCGAAACAGGAAACGAAUGCAUUACAUGUAUAAAUUUUCCUUCCCUCUCCUUUAUGUAGCUUAAUAUAGCAAGUGUUUAAAGGGGUAUUCUGUGUUUUGUUCUUCAAUGUAGGUACAUUCCUGUAUUAACAGUCAAAUCAAAAAAUUUAAAAUUUCAACAACUUAAUUUCAUGUUUCUCUUAGUCGCUUUGCUCCAACGGUUGCCACAGAUGAAUUCAGAGUUGUGGAAAGAAUAAAAAGGAAAUGUAAGUUUUUGUUUUAGAACAGUUGGUGAACUUGGAAUUGACUGAGCCAUUACUACUACACUGUAGGAAAGAAAACACAGGAAAUCUUAAAGUGUUUGUUUUGUUUUAAUAGUACUCAAGGAGAAAAGAGAGGUGGACAUUGCUGUCUUCUCUGAGUUGUAUCGUAAAUUGGCCUCACAAGUAAGAGCUUUAUAUAUUGUAAAUAAAUUUUGAUAUGUUACUUCUCAUCUAACCACGUCCUAACCCAUGUCUUAUCCCCUGGCCUGCCCAAUCGAUGAAAUUCGAUAACCAAUAAAAUCAAUUAUAGUAACCGAUUUUAAUCGAUAGUGACUAAUUGAUUGAUGUUCACUUUUUGGAAAUUGAUGAAAAUCAAAGAUUGAACGAGCUGUGAGUAUCAAUUUUCAUCGAUUAUAUUGCUUGUCAGAGGUCGUUUGAUGAUUUCAGAUACGUUUAAUUAAAAUUGAAUAUAUUGAUUGGUUUUCGAUGAUUGAUUUUCAUCGAUCGGACAUGCCGUGCUUAUCUAAAUUUUAAAAAUGUGGGGUUUUUGAGUAGAGGGGUCAGGACCAGCCACUGGUCAUCAAUAUCCAAAAACUCAUGAAAUCUAUAUAAAACUAACAAAACUGAAAUGAUUGACAAUAUAAUAACAGUGAUCAUAAACUUACUUAUGGCGAGUUAUCAUAAUUUUCCUUUUUUUUUUUUUUUUUAAACAUAUUUAUGCAGGAUUGCUGCUUCAGCUUUAAGAAAAAAAACUGCUAUCAAUGCAGGUCCUGUAAAAAAUUAAAAAUGAAAAAAUAAAAAUAAAAAAGAUUUAAAAUAAUAGAUAAAAAUCAAAUCACAAUAUUACAAAAUAGUCACACCAAACGAAAGAUCGAACAGUUAUAAAUUCUAAGAAUUAUUAAUUAUCCUUGACAAAACAGUGUAACAGGGAAGCAGUAAAUCACAGGAAACAUGACCAAUUCAGAUCUCGGGUAAAACUAAACUGCUUAAUUAAAGUUGAGGUUUAUCUACUAUUAAUUUUGAGUUGGCUGUUGGGCGUAUACGAGGCUACCACAUAUCCCUUAGCUAUGAAUUCUUUACAUAGUCCAAAUACUACAUUAACAGAACCCAGAGCACAUUGGUGGGAGUGAGUGCUUUCACCAGUAAAAAUUUUCUUUGUCAAAGGAAGCUGGUAUUUUUAACUGUUGUUUACAUCAAUAAUCUCUUUAAUUUAAAUUUGAAUUUCAGCCGGUUCUUAAAAACAGAUGGGCAAUUCUUUAUUUUUUGUUGAGUGUCAGCGAAAGCUCAGGGGCAGAUCAUUCACAUGGUCAGGUAAGUAACAAAAGAGAGGUCAAGGAUAAAACACUGCUGUUUUCUUUUUCUUACAAUAGUCAGCUCAGACCAUCCAUUAUAAUAUACCAAACCUUUCAUCCUCCACCUGCUUUACCCAACAAAAUACUGUAAACACCCGCAUGUGAGAGACUGGUGGUUUAAGAACCUGCUGGCAGAUAUUCGCCAUUUUAAUACCCAAAAAUAUAAAAGAACCUGUUUAGCCCCUCAAUAUCAUGUUCUUAUAAAAUUAAUUAUGUGGGUUACAGUGUUACAUCACACAUGUAAAUUAUGUUAACCAUUUUAACCAAGGACUUUGACCUUGAUGUUCUGUACCAAACUUUAAUACAAAUAAAAGUAUCUAUUUAUUGUAAAUUUUCCUUUAGCAAAAAAAAAGAAAUUCCAUACAUGCAAUUCCAGGGUGCAAAGAAAGCCAUUUUUACAGCUUGUCAUUCGGGCAAGCUGAAGCUAACACUUAAUAGCCCAAAUAUCAUUUCAACUAGCCCACAAAACGUUUUGAUGAGCAGAUUGAUUUCACAGUUCUUCUGUAAUUUGAAUUCCUCAAAAAAAUUCACUUGCCCAUCGGGCAAGUUAAUAACAGAAUUCACUAGCCCGAUAGCAAAAUCUACUAGCCCCGGGCUAUCAGACACUACUUUCUUUGCACGCUGAAUUCACAGAGUGAUAGUGGACAAAAGUUGCAGGAACUUUUUUAUUGCCAUAUGCUAACUGUGAUGACCCAACAGGCUGGUGGAGUUUAUGUUGCUUUCUUCUUAGGCUGCCGGAGCUGCAUCCUUCUUUGGUCAAGGGCUACCUACAUACCUGACGUCCACACCUGCAGUUUCUACACAGGCAUCCCAGCGUCCUUCUAGUCACACGCCUGGUGUUCUUUCAAUGACUCAUGCAACUGAAAGCAGCUCGGGUGUCAGCAGUGUAGCAUCCAGAUCCUUAGAUCCCACUCCUACCCCCGCGUCAUUUGCGCCGAAUUAUGGGCCAACACCGUCAGUUCAUUUUGCUGAUGAAGUCUUAAUGCAGGAAGGAAGUGAUGGAUCUCACUUGGCUACACUUGUGGCACAGUCAUUAAGUGUGUCCCAAAACAGGUUACCAACUUCUGGACAGUCAUCAGCAUUGCCAUCUGCAGUGCGAUUCAUGAGUUAUGGAUAUGACACACAGAAUAGUAAGUUGUUAAACCAAUAAUCUAGACAAAGCUUCAAUUACCCUGCAGGACCUUUCAGAAAAUGUAAACAGGCCUUUUGACCACACUGUAAACAUGCUAGCCUUAGUUUUUCAAGAGUCAAUGUUUUCCACUGUAUAAAGGUUAUCCAGUAGAUAAGUAUCAGGGGAACUAUCCACUGGAUUAAUGGAUAGAGAUUUAUCCAAUGGAUCACUAGAUUUACCUUUUAAACAACUGGUGCCAGAUGAAUAAAAACUUCUUUGUAGGCAGUACAUGUAUGUUAGGGACCUUACGAAACAACAAUGAUGACAGCAACGGGAACAUAAAAAACAAUAGGUUUAAUGAGCAAAACAACAACUCUGCACGUGCAUCACCCUUUUUUGUACAUUUCUUCGCAUUCACUGCACAACUACGAAGUGAUAUGACCAAAUUUCAAGUUAACUUGGGAACAGGAACAGCAAGGCGAUAAAUUCUACCAUCUUUGUCCGAAUUUGAGCGCGUUCACCUCUCUUCAGCUCCUGCCAAAAUCCUCUUCUUUUAAGUAACAGGGCGAAUUGGGAUAAUCGCGACAAAGUUUAAAAUGAAGUGAAGUCUGUUUUUCAGCGAUGUUUUCAUGGGCGUCGCCAUUGUCGGAUCGUAAGUUCCCUAUUAAGCUGUCGUGAAAUUCUGGCAUUUUACUUUCCUUUGCUCAAAGGUGCAGAGAUGGGUGGGUCAGUUAGAGGGGAGGAAAAUAUGACUGUUUCUCAUCUUCUUUCUCUUGAUCAUUCACAGGAAGGUUAUAAUGAUGGGGUGCUUGAAAUAAAGGCCCAAGUGGUAGACUGGGCACCCAACUAGUGUUUUCUUUAAAUAUUUGUUCAGAGAAGCAAAUAUUGUCUGUUUUUUUUAUUACUUGAGGAUGGCUAAAAAUUUCUAGAUGAUUGUUCCAUUCAUGUACAAUUUUUGAAGCUUAUUGUAAUAAAUUUCCUACAAUUUUCUGAAGUUUGUCUCAGUUAAGAUGAUUUUGUCGUUGGGCAGUGACGUUAAGCCCUUAAGCUUUGUCUCCUUCAUCCUUCUUUCAUUAGUCAAAUCGAAGUGGACGUAAAAGAACCCACACUACUGUUUCAAAAGAGUAGGGGAAGUUUCCCUGGUGGUGUGGUCUACCUUUCACACAUCACACAUCAUUCAUAUAACAUGGGCUAUGGGUGGGUUACAGUAAGCUCAUAAAUUAAUGUACUAAUAGUGGCUGCCACUGGCGCCCUUGUAUGCUGAUGUCUAAGCUUACUGUUAACAUGUUAAUAUAUAAUGUCAAGAGGGCAUGUCUUGUUGUCCUCAACAUUACACAUUACACCUAUAAGCUUUGUUUUCUUGAUCUGGAUCAUACAGUAAGUUACUAAUAGAGAUCCAAAUUUUCCUCUUGAUCAUGGCCCUUGCCAGUGCACUUUGUACUAACCUUGAUCUUGAUCCAUAAAUACAAGGGGGAAAAAACUGGCUUAUACGAGGUAGGUAAUGUAUGUGCUGUAGAUUUUACAUACUCAGUCAAAACUACAAUCAUGCAGAACACACUUUUUUGCUUUCAGCCUCGUAUGAGAUUUCUGAAGCUGCUCUACUCCGAGAUAUUAUUUACAUCUUCCAAGGAAUUGAGGGAAAAGUAAUCAAGUUUGACCAAGCCAAUGAUGCCUAUCGCAUUGAUCCCAAACUUGGAGUUCCCAAGCCUGUCCGGGAACUUGUUCACAAAGUGGCUGAGCUGGGCUGGCUGUAUCGCAAAAUACGGAAAUACUUAGAUGCACAUGCAGGUAUUUGUAUGGAAAUUUUACAUUUGCACACUAUAGAACCCCUGAAAAUCCCAAACAUGUUAAAAACCCUAUGUGUACAGUGUGUCAACAGUGUGAAGAGGCUCUCUUUGCAGGCUAGAUUUGUUACAGGCUUUGUGAAUUAGGGCUAGGAGACAAAAGAAAUUGAGAUUCAACCUAGGUGAAAAAAUUUUCACCUGAAUUUAGUUUUGACCUGUAACAGAUACAUUAAUUGUGUCCCUAGUCUUAAUUUGAUGACCCAUAAUUUCACUUUUUGAGGAUGAGGCCAAUGUUCCUGUCUGUAUUUUUACUAUUCAAAUCACAAGGCUGUGCUCUAACGGCGCCCGGUCGCCUGAGGCGACUAACAUUUAGCUUCGAGCGACUGAAAAAAAGUUCCCGGUCGCCCAGCCAGGCACUCUUGCUUCUGGUGCAGUGUUCAGUUAAGCGGGCAGAAAAAUUUAACGUACUAGUGUUGGCUUGUUAACCCUGCAGAAAAUGUUUAUACGAAGUUGUACGAAAGAAACGUAAACCCGAAACGUAAACCCGCUGAAAUUUUUUACUUUUCCCUCUUUAAAACCUAAACAAUUCAGCGGCAUUGCUCACGUUUCUGGUUUUAAAUCUGACUGGCACGAAAACUUUGAUGGGUUUCAUAAAACGACAUGCGGGAUUUUGUCAAACCCAAAAGUUAAAAUUACCGGGUUUGGUGAUCAGCAGUCCGGUAAGAUUCAUGUGCGUACAAAAUACUUCCUCAUCAGAUGUACUUGGGCGACCAACUUGAGAGGCCUGGGCACCCCAGCUGGAAUGCUUGGGAGCCCGAAGGGCUCCCCGAAAUUUUUUUUAUUCGGGCGACCAACUUUGAGGUCUGGGCACCUUAACUAAAAUGCUUGGGAGCCCGAAGGGCUCCCUGAAAUUUUCCUUAGAGCACAGCCUUAAAAUCAAAUCCUUUAGUUAGACACGUAACACCGAGGAGCACCAAAGUUAAAACGUGUACAUGUAUUGUAUUUGCAAUUGUCUUCUUUUUGGUAUUGUAGUUUCAACCCAUGUUUGUGUCAUUUUUUUAUGGCAUUAUUUUCAUCUAUUUUUCAUGUACCAGUAUGUUGCUGUUUCAAGGCCAUGUUGCUUGUUGGAAUUUAGCCCUCAUAAGCUCUUUGCAACACUAUUUCUACCCACAGGAGACAAGGCAAUGGGAUUGGUAGGACAGAGCUUUUGCGCUGCUCUGCAGCAAGAGCUCACUGAAUACUACAGGCUGUUAGCUGUGCUAGAAGGCCAACAUCAAGUUGGUGAUGCAGGAGUUGUUGGAGAGGGAGCAAGUGGAAGUUUGACACUACGGAGAUUGAUGGUGUGGACAUAUGAUCCAAUGAUGAGGUUAAGGACCCUUGCUGCAUUGGUUGAUGCCUGCAAAGGUACAGUGAUUACUCAAUAGCACAAUACUGGGGGUGGAAAGCAGAAAUUGUGAAUUUGGGACUUGGACUUCUAUCAAAGGGAAGAAAUAAUUGUGACAGUGCAGUGAAUUGUCAAAAUGACAUUGACAAUGGUUCUAGUACAUAGUGUUUUUAUACUUUUUAUACUACUACAUGAGAAAUUUCUGCAAUCUGAUUGGCUUAGAGCAGGGGUAUUUCAGCUUAAUUUGAAGUACCUACAUGUGAAAAUUACAAACCUUUUGCGGGUAGUAGUAUAAACAAAUAAUAGCAUGAUUUGUAUGUGAUAUUUGGCAUAAAUACCACUCGUGAUAUUUCAAAAUUGUCUCAAAUUUCACCUGCCUAACGGCUCGUGAAAUUACGUAUAACAAUUUCAAAAUAUCACUCGUGGUAUUUAUGCCAAAUAUCACUACAAAUCAUGCUAUUACCUGUACACAUCUUAUGUGGAGGGCAUGCUUUUUGAGGCUAAGAGUAGUAGUCAAAACAGUUUUUGUUUAGUGCAGAGAAUUUUCACAAAUACACAUGCACAACAGUGUUUGAAAAUAUUCACAGGCCCAAAAAAAUACCUUACUGAUCCAUUGGUUAACCAUUUGAACCCUUAUAUCUACAUCCAUAUGUAUUCAUUUUCUGAGGUACUGGUGAGGAGAAUAUUGUUAAACAAUCAGAACUUAGACACAGAGACAUAAUUUAUAUGUUAUUUAUUUCACCACUAGGAGCCUAAGAACUAUGGCUUGUUACAGUUUUCUUGAGAAAAAACAAGGUCAAAAAAAUUAAUAAUUCAAUACAAUAGACAAAACAAAUUAAUAAAAAUAAAAUGAAAAAUUAGGAUUUGUUAGUUGAUGAUCAUUUCUGUUAUUCUUGAGACCAUUAUCUUUAAUUAACAAGUACCAUGAUAAUAUAACUUAGGAAGCGUUAGAUUCUUGUCAUCCUCUGGGGUUUAAAUGGUUUUAUUAACGUCAAAUGUACUGAUUAAUAAUUGUCUUUUUAAUACAGGAAAGAAAGGAGGAGCUUUGUUGUCUGCUCUUCAUUCUAACAUGCAGCAUGGGGAUCCUUUUGUCAAGUCUCUUGUCAGGCAUAUUCUUAAUCUGGUAAGAACUGCUAGUGGCAAAAGUGCUGUCCGAUAUACCGGGGCUUAACUGAAUUACCCAUCAGGCUAGCAUGUUUAAAUAAUAUUAUUGCAAGUUGUCUGAUAGCCAAGCAACAUUUGCCAGAGUAAAGUUAAUGUUAGUGAAAUUCAAAAGGGGGGUUGGUAGGCCUGUGUAAGAGGAAAGCAAAUUUUUUUUUUCUAAAAAUAAUACCAAAGUUUUCUCACUGAAUGUUACUAACUUUUUGUUCAAAUUUGGAAUCUUUCAUAAGUAAGCACCUCCUGUAAGCAAUCAUCAAAUCUUUGCAUUUUGAAUUGGUGGUAACGGGACGUUCAACCAUAUUAAGUGAGACGUUAUUAUUAUUGUUAUAAUUAUUUCAUUAUCAUUAUUACUUUUAUUAUAAUUAUGUAGUACAUGUUUAUCCUGUAAUUUCCUAUAACAGGUUGCUCGUCCAAUCCGUGUCAUUCUUGAUAGAUGGAUUUAUGAAGGAGAACUUGAUGAUUUGUACAAUGAGGUAAGGUCGUUAUGUAUAAGCUGCUCAAAAGGAUUUCUUUGCCUUCUUGGGUUGGUAACCCAGCUACACCUUGUAUGUUAUAGUUAAUUUUGUGUUCAUAUUACAGGACAGUGCAUGCAACUAUUUGCUGGUAAAUCAUGCUCAUCAGCCUACAACCUUUUUUGUAACAACACCUUACCUUACUUAUUGGUAUAUUAUUUUGACAUGCAAGGCAACAUAUCAUCUACCCAUCACUAAAUUUUAAAUGUUACAGAUGGAUUCACAUUUAAAAGCCCAUUUCUACUGGUAUUAAUCUUUCCUGUUUAUAUGUUACACUUUGUCUUUCAGUUUUUUGUGGCUGUGGAUUAUGACACUAAAUAUGAUCGUCUGUGGUAUGAGAAAUACAGUAUCAGGAAACCCAUGCUGCCAUCAUUCAUCUCCAUGGAACUUGGAACUAAGGUAUCACUAAUAGUAGAUAGAUAGACUGUUGUGGAUUCAUAUGACAGUGCAGAUUUCCUCUAUACCUUAGCCAGAAAUAGGUCUUCUGAAACCCAUACAUGUGCAGUGUAGCCUGUGAGGAAUUAUGGCAUAGUUACGUACUAAAACAGGGAACUAGCCAAAACGACCCACAGUGAUCCACAACAACCCAAAGUGACCCACAAUGACCAGCACUAAGACCCACAUCCAGGGUUGUCAAAAAAAUUUUAUAUCACAAGGAAUAUGUGUUUCCCAGGUGGGGAAACACAUAUCACUAGGGAUAUGUCUUUCCCAGGUUAGGGAACACAUAUCACCAGGGAUGUGUGUUUCCCAGGUAGGGGAACAUAUAUUACUAGAGAUAUGUGUUUCCCAGGUGAGGGAACAAAUACCACUAGGGAUUUGUGUUACCCAGGUGGAGGAACACAUAUCAGUAGGGAUAUGUGUUUCCCAGGUAGGGGAACACACAUCACCAGGGAUACGUGUUUCCCUGGUGGGGGAACACACAUCACUAGGGAUAGGUGUUUCCCAGGUGAGGGAACACAUAUCACUAGGGAUAUGUGUUUCCCACGUGGGAGAACGCAUAUCACUAGGGAUACGUGUUUCCCAGGUGGGGGAACACAUAUCACUAGGGAUAUGUGUUUCCCAGUUGGGGGAACACAUAUCACUAGGGAUUUGUGUUUCCCAGCUGGGGGAACACAUAUCACUAGGGAUAUGUGUUUCCCAGGUGAGGGAACACAUAUCACUAGGGAUAUGUGUUUCCCAGGUGAAGGAACACAUAUACCUACGAAUAUGUCUUUCCCGCGUGGGGGAACACAUAUCACUAGGGAUACGCGUUUCCCAGGUGGGGAACACAUAUCACUAGGGAUACGUGUUUCCCAGGUGGUGGAACACAUAUCACUAGGGAUAUGUGUUUCCCAGGUAGGGGAACACAUAUCACUAGGGAUACGCAUUUCCCAGGUGGGGGAACACAUAUCGCUAGGGAUAUGUGCUUCCCAGUUGGGGGAACACCUAUCACAAGGGAUUUGUGUUUCCCAGCUGGGGGAACACAUCUCACUAGGGAUACGUGUUUCCCAGGUGAGGGAACACAUAUCACUAGGGAUAUGUGUUUCCCAGGUGAAGGAACACAUAUCAUUAAGGAUUUGUGUUUCCCAGCCGGGGAAACACAUAUAAAUAGGGAUACGUAAUUCCCAGGUGGAGGAACACAUAUUGGUAGGGAUAUGUGUUUCCCAGUUGGGGGAACACAUAUCACUAGGGAUUUGUGUUUCGAUCCCAGCUGGGGGAACACAUAUCACUAGGGAUAUGUGUUUCCCAGGUAGGGGAACACAUAUCACUAGGGAUACGUGUUUUCCAAGUGGGAGAACAGAUAUUACUAGGAAUAUGUGUUUCCCAGGUAGGGGAACACAUAUCACUAGGGAUACGUGUUUCCUAGGUAGAGGAACACAUAUCACUAGGGAUUUGUGUUUCCCAGCUGGGAGAAUACAUAUCAAUAGGGAUACGUGUUUCCCUGGUGGGGGAACACAUAUCACUAGGAAUAUGUGUUUCCCAGUUGGGGGAACACAUAUCACUAGGGAUUUUGUUUCCCAGGUAGGGGAACACAUAUUACUAGGGAUUUGUGUUUCCUAAGUGGGGGAACACAUAUGACUAAGGAUACGUGUUUCCCAGGUAGGGGAACACAUAUCACUAGGGAUUUGUGUUUCCCAGCUGGGAGAACAGAUAUCACUAGGAAUACGUGUUUCCCAGGUGGGGGAACACAUAUCACUAGGGAUAUGUGUUUCCCAGGUUAGGGAACACAUAUCACCAGGGAUGUGUGUUUCCCAGGUAGGGGAACAUAUAUUACUAGAGAUAUGUGUUUCCCAGGUGAGGGAACAAAUACCACUAGGGAUUUGUGUUACCCAGGUGGAGGAACACAUAUCAGUAGGGAUAUGUGUUUCCCAGGUGGGGGAACACAUAUCACUAGGAAUAUGUGUUUCCCAGUUCUGGGAACACAUAUCACUAGGGAUUUGUGUUUCCCAGCUGGGGGAACACAUAUCAGUAGGUAUUUGUGUUUCCCAGGUAGGGAAACUCAUAUCACUAGGGAUAUGAGUUUCGCAGGUGGGGGAAGACAUAACACUAGGGAUACGUGUUUCCCAAGUGGGAGAACACAUAUCACUAGGGAUAUGUGUUUCCCAGGUAGGGGAACACAUAUCAUUAGGGAUACGUGUUUCCUAGGUGGGGGAACACAUAUGACUAAGGGUACGUGUUUCCCAGGUAGGGGAAUACAUAUCACUAGGGAUAUGUGUUUCCCAGUUGGGGGAAAACAUAUUACUAGGGAUACGUGUUUCGCAGCUGGUUGAACACAUAUCACUAGGGAUUUGUGUUUCCCAGCCAGGGGAACACAUAUAAAUAGGGAUACGUGUUUCCCAGGGGGGGGAACAAAUAUCACUAGGGACAUUUGUUUCCCAGUUGGGGGAACACAUAUCACUAGAUAUUUAUGUUUUCCAGCUGGGGGAACACAUAUCACUAGGGAUAUGUGUUUCCCAGUUUGGGGAACACAUAUCACUAGGGAUUUGUGUUUCCCAGCUGGUUGAACACAUAUCACUAGGGAUACGUGUUUCCCAGUUGGGGGAACACAUAUCACUAGGGAUAUGUGUUUCCCAGCUGGGGGAACACAUAUCAUUAGGGAUAUGAGUGUUUCCCUGGUGUGGGAACAUAUUUCACGAGGGCUAUGUGUUUCCCAGUUGGGGGAACAUAUAUCACUAGGGAUUUUUUUUCCCAGAUGGGGAAACACAUAUCACUGAGGAUACUUGUUUCCCAGGUGGGGGAACACAUAUCACUAGGGAUAUGUGUUUCCCAGUUGGGGGAACACAUAUCUCUAGGGAUUUUUGUUACCCAGGUGGGGAACACAUAUCUGUAGGGAUAUGUGUUUCCCAGGUAGGGGAACACACAUCACCAGGGAUACGUGUUUCGCUGGUGGGGGAACACCUAUCACUAGGGAUAUGUGUUCCCAGGUGAGGGAACACAUAUCACUAGGGACAGGUGUUUCCCAUGUGGGGGAACCCAUAUCACUAGGGAUACGUGUUUCCCAGCUGGGUUAACACAUAUCACGAGGGAUAUGUGUUUCCCAGUUGGGGGAACACUUAUCACUAGGGAUUUGUGUUUCCCAGCUGGGGGAACACAUAUCAUUAAGGAUAUGUGUUUCCCAGGUUGGGGAAGACAUGUCCCUAGGGAUAUGUGUUUCCCAGGUAGGGGAACACAUAUCACCAGGGAUACGUGUUUCCCAGGUGGGGGAACACAUAUCACUAGGGAUUUGUGUUUCCCAGGUAGGGGAGCACAUAUCACUAGGGGUACGUGUUUCCUAGGUGGGGGAACACAUAUGACUAAGGAUACGUGUUUCCCAGGUAAGGAAACACAUGUAACUAGGAAUAUGUGUUUCCCGGUUGGUGGAACACAUAUCAGGAGGGGUACGAGUUUCCCAGGUGGGGGAACACAUAUCACUAGGGAUAUGUGUUUCCUAGGUUGGGGAACGCAUAUCACUAGGGAUAUGUGUUUCCCAGGUAGGGGAACACAUAUUACCAGGAAUAUUUGUAUCCCAGGUGAGGGAACAAAUAUCAUCCAUGUUUCGUUGGUGGGGGAACGCAUAUCACUAGGGAUAUGUGUUUCCCAGGUGGGGAAACACAUAUUACUAGGGACACGUUUUUACCAGGUGGGGGAACACAUAUCACUAGAUAUAGGGGUUUCCCAGGUGUUGAACACAUAUCACUAGGGAUAUGUGUUUCCCAGGUAGGGGAACACAUAUUGCUAGGGAUAUGUGUUUCCCAGGUGGGGGAGCACAUAUCACUUGUUACAUGUGCUUCCCAGGUAGGAGAACACAUAUCACUAGGGAUAUGUGUUUCCCAGGUUGGGGAACACAUAUCACUAGGGAUACGUGUUUCUCAGGUGGUGGAACACAUAUUACUAGGGAUAGGGGUUUCCUAGGUCGGGGAACACAUAUCACUAGGGAUACGUGUUUCCCAGGUGGGGGAACACAUAUUACUAGGGAUAUGUGUUUCCCUGGUGGGGGAAGACAUAUCACUAGGGAUAUGUGUUUCCCAGGUAGGAAAACAUAUAUCACUGGGGAUACAUCUUUCCCAGGUAGGGAACAGAGAUCCCUACGGAUAUAUAUUUCCCAUGGAGGGGAACACAUUUUACUAGUUAUACGUGUUUGCCAGGUGGGGGAAAAGUGGGGAACACAUAUGACUAGGGAUGCGUGUUUCCCAGGUUGGGGAACAGAUAUCAUUAGGGGUAAUGUUUGCCAGGUAGGGGAACACAUAUCACUAGGGAUAUGUGUUUCCCAGGUGAGGGAACACAUAUAACUAGGAAUAUGUGUUUCGCAGGUGGGGAACACCUAUUACUAGGGAUAUUUGUUUUCCAGGUGGGAGAAUGCAUAUCAGUAGGGAUAUGUUUUUUUCAGGUUACGUUCUGCGAAAGCCUUAAAGUAGCCUUUGAUAACGCUGGUUGCCGGCGCUUUUUGAGAACCCUGCACAAUGACCCAAAAUGAGACCAAACACGUCCCAUCUUCCUGGAAACGUCAUAUAAAAGUGAUUUUGGGUUGUUGUGAGUCUUCCUUUUUUAGUGUUGGUUGUUUUGAAUCUUUGUGUUGAUCAGUGUGGGUUGUUGUGGAUCGUAAUGGGUUGUUUUGGCUAGUUCCUCAUUUUUAUAGUAACUACAGCUGUACAUGUACAUGAAGUAUGGAUGUCCUUGCGACCGAUUUGAAACUGCAUCUUUACACGAAUGAACCAACACAGCAAAACCACAACCUGUGAGAAAAUUAGUUGAGACAUUUUGCCAACUUUUAAAUUCGAAAAUAAAGCUUUUCCUUGCACAUCCCCUCCAUGCAAUGUUGUGUGGCACUGUUCGAGCUACCUGCAGAAUACAAAAAACACCCCAACUUUGAAUGAAGGGGACGUGGUAGGGUUGUGGCUUCCUUUGUUCCCUGAAAGUUGCCCUACUUUAGCAUAAAAAGUCCCAACAAUUUUGUUUCUGAUUGCACAUAAACAAAAAGAAAUAUCGAAACCCAAAAAGCCACUUUUCUUUUUGAUGAGUAGUGAUAAUUGUCCUUCUCCAAGUAUAUUAAUUAGGCAACACCUUCAAAUUUCAUGGGGAUAAACUGAGAAAAAUGAUUUUAAAAGCUAGUUAAAACCAUAUAAAUCGUAAAGUUUUCACAUUGCACUUAUUGUUUUCUGUGGAGAAUGUUGUUGCUUGUGUUUGCUUUUCUUGAAAUGAUUUUAGUUUUGGUGUAAAAUUUUUAACAGAUUUUAAACAUUGGAAAAUCCAUCAACUUUAUUCGACAUGUUUGUCAAGAUCGUAGUCCCAUCAGAGGAGGAGAGGAGAAGGCAUUAGAUUAUAACAAGUCACAGGAGGCAUCAGGUAAAAUCUAGAAGACAGUUCCUAAACCUGUUUUAGUUUGUCAAUGCAUCUAUAGCCAUACAAACUUAUUUACUUAUGGAAUGUAUCCCCAAAAGAGAGCAACAAUAAUUUUUAUAAUCAACAGUGGACCAUUUUAGCAGCAGAAACAUGGGUGUACGUGCCAUGCAAUAAUAGAGAUGAACUUGUUGCAUCUCAAAAUUGCAGGUGGAAAUAGUUGGUAAGUUUACAGUACAGACCAUGGAAAAGUAUUUUCGAUUUGUUAAUAUGAUCCAUUUAUUAUAAUUUUUCAGCUGCAGCUCAGUUAACAGCUGAUGAAGAGUUUGGAGGAACAGCUCUUCAGGAAACAGUCGAUAUAGCCUAUAGAGAAACAAGCAAGAGGCUGCUGGAGAUUUUCUUCUCUAAAUACAAGUUCCUUGAUCAUUUGAGGGUAAGAAAUGUCUUGAGACCAUUCUUCAAUUAUUUUUUCAGUGUUGUUGUUGUAGUGUUGGUGGUGGUAGUGGUGCGUCAGAGAUUUUAGUUCUUGGACCAACUCCUCUUGAUUAUUUGUCACUAUGAUAAAGAGUGCUUCACCACUCAGAUAGUUCAUAAAAUCUUCUAUGUUGAUUUUACCUUCUAUUCUUCUGGUAUUCUCUUCUGCGCUAUCUCCAAAUCUGACGCUUGAGUAGACUCGCAGUCAGUGUUAAAUAUUAAGUAGAGCUGUCUGUUUGUCCAAAGGAGCAAUCUUAUUCUUGACUACCUCUCUAUUUUAUUCAUUUAUAUUUUCAUGUAUUUAUUUAUUUAUCUGUUAAUAAUUUAUUAAUUCUAAAUCUAAAUUGAUUAUCCACGAAUGGGAAUACCCAUCACUGUUAAUUAUUAAUUUGUUUAUAUAUUUAUUUAAUUUGAUAGGCAUUGCGAUUGUAUCUUCUUCUUGGCCAAGGGGACUUUAUCAGGCAUCUUAUGGACCUGCUUGAGUAAGUUGAUGUGAAUUCCAUCAGCUUAGAAUACAUGAAUGUUAAUUUUGCUUUCUUAUCCUGUUGACAGUGUUUCAAUGUUAAGCCACAAGGGUGCAUGAUCCAUAAGUGGAUUCAGAGCCGGUCCAAGAGGCUCCCCCCCCCCAUCCUCUCCCCCUCACACUAAAAUCUAGAUCCUUGAUUUAUGGAAACAGAAAUGCUUUCAUGGUUUUUGAGUCUAUCAAUACAUAAUUACAUAUUGCAAAGCAUAUUCAGCAUUAUUGAUUAUGCAUGUAUUGUCCCGUUUUAUUCUUAAUUGCAUAUUGCAAAGCAUAUUCAGCAUUAUUGAUUAUGCAUGUAUUGUCCUGUUUUAUUCUUAAUUGCAUAUUGCAAAGCAUAUUCAGCAUUAUUGAUUAUGCAUGUAUUGUCCUGUUUUAUUAUUAAUUGCAUAUUGCAAAGCAUAUUCAGCAUUAAGAAUAAAACGGGACAAUGAUACAAAGAAAAGAAGAAGCGGAAGUGGGGGUCCUAACGACAGUAUUAUGUUUUCGUGGCUGGUCACCCAUCCAGUUCCUAACCCUGCGCAUCAGGGAAUAACUUAAGUGGUGCUACCAACACUGAGUUUCUCGAUGGUUUGUGAGACACGCCAGAUUUCUAGUAUCUAUAUAGCUGGCAACUGUACCAGCCCUCUCUUUCAGAAUUUUCUGGACAUACCCCUAAUAGCUUCAGUGUUUGUACUGACAAUUUACCUGCUGUGUGCUCAAGGAAACCGUAAAUGCAAAAGCCUUUAAAUUGCCAUUUUCAGCCAUUUUAUUUGGAACCUUCUUCAUUGAGCAAGUUUAGCCUUCUAACACUGCCACCUCUUAUUGCUCCCAGCCGAUUUCGUUUAUGUAAACACUCAUUCAAUAUGUCGAGCUCCUUUUGUGUUCACUUCAGUAACUAACCAUUCUUGUUGUUGUGGUGUAGGUCUGAUCUCGCCAAGGCAGCCAGUACACUGUACAUGCACAACUUAACUGGUGUGUUGGAGACUGCAAUCAGGGCCACUAACGCUCAGUAUGCUGACCCAGAGAUCAUUGAACGAUUAGACUGCAGGCUACUUGAGGUAUAGCAUAUAUUCUCAAUUAAGUACCAAAUUAAGUUACUAAUACGGAAUCCAUUAGGAAAUUAAGUAAUUUUAAUUUUUAGUGGACAAAAACCUUGUACCAGAAUAUUUUAAGCCAUAUCGCCUUCUUUUUUACACUUUUCAAUGGCUGUAGAUGUAAUUAGUUAUCUGUAAUAACACCAAAGACAGUUUCUUACGGGAGCCUGAGAAAAUAAAUUCAAACUUCUGCCGGAAUUGAGAAAACACAAGUAACAUCGCCGUUCCAUUUUGUGAAAUUUGAGGCUUUUGAAAUUUGUUUUCUCGAGUCCAUUAAGAACUUUUUCCGUUCGGAGUUAUUUCAUAUAACUUAUUACAUUUAUAGCCCUUGAAAACUGUGAAAAAAAUACAUGAUGCUUGAAAUUAUUCUGGUACAAGGUUUUUAUCCAAUGAAAAGUAAAAUUACUCAAUUUACUAAUGGAUUUCGUCUUGAUUCUUCAAUAUCAAAUUUUAAAUAAAUUACGCAAUUACCUUUUAUGUGUGUAAGCACCACGCAUUCGAAUAGAGACCUACCAGACCAAUCACAGCUAUCAGUUAAAAACAUUCAACAAGGAAUCUGCAUUUUUCUUCAAAAUACAGUUACUAAUGUUACUAAUGUUACUACCUUAAAGACUAGUAAACUAUUGAUCACAAAAGUGCAAAAGAAGUUGGAUGUUGAAUGAGUGUCUGCGAUUGUAACCUGCCAUCAGGCAUUGUUCUUUUUUUCCCCAGAGUAGAGACAUCUAGUUGUCAGCGCAUGAUCGCGAGUGUUUAGGUUUGCAUAUUUUUUAUAAAAAUUUACAGCCGACUCUGUUUAAGAUGGACACCUCAGGGACCUGCACUCAGUGUCCUUCUUCGAGUGAUGGCCUUCUUAUAGAGAAUCAAUUAAGGCAGUAAAGAAAGGCAGGGGCCAACUCUUGGUGUCCGUUUUACAGGGUUGUCCUUCUUAUCGGGUGUCAGUUAACCUUUUAAGUCCCGAUAGUGACCAACAUCAGUUUUCCCCUAACAAUAUCCAUAUGUUGCCAAGAGAAAUGAUUAUGAGAGUUAAUAAAAUGAUCACCAAAGAAAAAAUGCUUUGAUCUGUUAUCAAACUCUCUCAACUAUUUUUUAAGGAAUUGUAUGAAGGUCAGUAUGGAGAAUUUAUAUGUGGAUAUCGGGGCUUAAAGGGUUAAGUCAGAGUAGACUGUAUUCCAAAACUAAAGGGCAGUCGACUCUCUCUAAACGGUCACCUGUAUAAGACAGACACCUUGGUAAAAAGGACACCUUAACUUGGUUCCUGCCUGUCUUUACUCCCUUGUUUGAUUCUCAAUAAGACGAAUAUCUCUCUAAGACAGAUAACUUGGUGCCGGUCUCAAAGGUGUAAGUCUUAGAGAGAGUUGACUGUAUUUUUAUAGUCUGCGAGCAAGCUCUCCAGGGCGCUCUGGCGGCGGGGCGGGAAAAGAAAGGAGAGCUUUCUACUACGUCUCUGGAAUUUGAAUUCCACCUCCAAUUCCCCUGUGGUUCCACGUCGACUGAGCUGUCAGAUUUCCGCCAAUCGGUGCGAAGCGGAAACGAGCGCGAAUGUAAAAAACAUUGAAAAACACGUCCCAAUGACGUCAUUACUAAUGUCAUCUCCGCCACCAAUUAACAGUCAACUUUAAAACAGUUUGUAGCCAAGUAGUUGUAGACUUCAUGAAACAAGAAUUGCCAGUUUAUGAACGGCUUCAAAAAUAUAGCCUGCGAGCAAGCUCACCGAGCGUUCUGGCGGCGGCGCGGGAAAAGGAACGAGAGCUUGCAACUACGUCUCCAGAAUUUGAAUAUCCACAUCGAAAAAGUCGAUGCGAAAUGCUGAUUACUUAUAAGCGCUGUUAUCAUGUUUUGAAGGUUUCUCCUGGUGAUACUGGCUGGGAUGUGUUUAGUUUGGAUUAUCACGUUGAUGGACCUAUAAGUACAGUAAGUACUACUGUUCGAAGUGACUGAAAUGUCCUGCAAACGAGGUUGUAUUAGAAAUGAACUCAGUCCUCAACUGAGCGUCAUAAAACUAACAGACAGAUAAACAGAGAGUCUAUAGGCCAUUUGCUCGAUGACGUCUUUUUACUACAAAAUUGGGUAAUCCUUGUAAGUUUUAAAUAACAAAAGCCCAAAUUUGCACAAGAAAGCAAAAUCCUGAAGGAUUUUGGUAGUAGUAGUAAAAUGACGUUAUCGUGCAAAUGGCCUAUUUCCCGGUUAUAACCAGCUAAAAAGUUCUCAAAGUCCAAAGUAUGAACUACUGGCCAAUCACAUCACUUGCACAUUAUCGGAUGAACCAAUCAGAUCACAAAACAAAUAUGUGAGCCACUGCCAAGAGCGGAAAACGCGAACGCGCAAUUAACGAUUGGUUUUUGUUUUAAUUCUGAUUGGUUGAAAAAGUGGCGCCAAAUUGAUUGUAGCCAAUCAGAAACCGUAGCAGUGUUACGCCGCCAACGAUUUCAUAAAGUUACAAAAACGCUUGAAAUCUCCCGCUAACAGCGCUGUUCCGACUAGACUAACACUGCGAUGGACAAAUUGAUAGUUCGGGCUUUCGUUUGCAGGUAUUUACACCAGAAUGUAUGAUUCACUAUCUGAGGAUCUUUAAUUUCCUGUGGAGAGCUAAGAGAAUGGAAUACUGCUUAACUGAGAUGUGGAAACAACAAAUGACAACACGGAGAAUGUUGAAAUCAUUACCAGGUGAAUAAUUUAAUGUUAAUGAAUGAUGCGCUUUUCAAUACUUUUCUCAGUAAAUUUCUCUUGUUUAGAUAACUGUGCUUACUGCUAGAUAACUAAAUGUGCAGAUCACCUGUUGUAAUAAAAAAGAUGUUGUGGAGAUUCUUUAAUGUUAUAAUUGUAGCCUCAAAAAAUACUUGUUUAAGGUCGCCAAUCGCGGUUCUUUUGUUUCAUUAUCGUUUUAUGUAGACUUUAUGUUGCGGUUAGAGAAAAAAAGCAGGAAACGAACCAAAAGAAUAGGACACCCAGAAUCCUUGUUUGCGUCCACUCACAUUUCUGUAGAGUCUUAAGUUUGAGACAACAACAAACAACAACAACAACAACACUUUAUUUCACCCCAUAAUAUACAAGAAAUAAAAAUUUAUAACAAUAGUACAGACGCAUUAUUAAACGAACAAUAUUUCAUUGAACGAGACAACUGUUAAGAAAUUAUUUUAUGCAGAAAAAAAGAGGACUUGCGUAAAAUAUUUUCCUAAGAAUGUUUUGGAUAUAAGAUCUUGUAGCCCUGCAUUAUGCUAGCUUCUCUUGUCAAAUGCAUUUUAGUUCAAGAAAGAUGUUAAACCUGUGAUAUCAACUUUUGUUAUUUGAUCUGGGCAUGAGAAGGGUAUUUGCCUGAGAAACUCUUUCUCGUGUUACCUUCAGAUUCUAACUCGAGAACGACUUCGAGUACGAGAUUUAGCUGGAAGUUUUUUCGUGUAUUCUCAAAAAAUAGACACCCCUGAAAGCUUCUAUCAUUGAUAUCACUGCUAUCUUUGUUGAAGGAGAUUAACCCUCUCCCGGUCGCAAAAUGAUAAAACUUCUAACAUUUGAUAAGUUGUUUCCUUCACUACGACAUUAGGGAGCUUAAACAACCACGAUGGCAACGGCAGCAAAAACGUCACUUAAAAGUGAAUUCGCGCUAUUUCAAACUUCAUCACUCUUAUCCCAUUUCAUUCAAUUUUUCAAAUGUUGGGGAAUUUUUCUGGAAUUAACUCUAAAUGCCUGUAUCUAAGUUCAGAAAAAGAAAAAGAAAAUUGUUAUCUUGUGUUCUACCCUGGGUUCCAGAGGAUAUUUUUUUCUUAUGGACACUGAUGGUUCGCGGCGAAGCCGCGUUAACGAGGCGCAACGCGGCUUCAUUAUCGAUAAGAAAAAAAAUCCUCUGGAACCCAGGGUACUUGUGUUCACGUUCCCCAUAAAACGUGAAUCUACGAAGUUUCACAUUGUAGUCGUGCAACAACGACAAAGAAAUGUACAAAAACGUGUGCCGCACGUGCAAAGUUGUUGUUUUGCCACUCUAAACCUAUUGUUUUUUUGCCGUUUUCGUUGCCGUCGCCGUCGUCGUUGCUUAAGCUCCCUAUCCUUGCUAUUAAAAACUCGUAGGAGAAUGACGACGGCUAUCUCGUUUUCCCGCAAAAUGGCUCUGGUCCACGCGCGCGCACUACUUAGAAAAUCUCGUACUCGUCGUCGUUCUCGUCUUCAGAGAAUCUAAAGGUCUCUAAUAUUAAUGCUUUAAAUCUAUAACAGAGGUGUCCCCCAUACUUCACAUGUGUCACAUGCUGGGAACAGAAAUGAUCCACUUUGUCCAUCAGAUGCAGUACUACAUCACCUUCGAGGUAAGAACAAGGGGCCUGAGGGGGGUGUUCCCUACGGGUAUCCCGGUGUCCCCCAUACUUCACAUGUGUCACAUGCUAGGAACAGAAAUGAUCCACUUUGUCCAUCAGAUGCAGUACUACAUCACCUUCGAGGUAAGAACAAGGGGCCUGAGGGGGGUGCUCCCUACGGGUAUCCCGGUGUCCCCCAUACUUCACAUGUGUCACAUGCCUGGAACAGAAAUGAUCCACUUUGUCCAUCAGAUGCAGUACUAAAUCACCUUCGAGGUAAGAACAAGGGGCCUGAGGGGGGU